AGUUCGGUUCCGGGCGUCGCUCGCGUCAAUACUGUGAAAGCUUCAAAACAAAGUUACGCUUGGCGACGGUGUCUCAACCAAAUUUUAGACUGAAAUGAUUGAGGAACACGACGAGCGCGAGACGAUAUGCGACUCGGUGAAUUCGCUGGUGGAGGGCUGCCGUUUGCCGGUCAGGAUGCACGGCACGGAUGAUUGGCCACUUGCUGAAAUCAUCAGCGUUAAGGACGUACAAGGCGUCAAGUGCUAUUACGUUCACUAUGUGGACUUCAACAAACGAUUAGACGAAUGGGUGAUGGAAGAUUCCCUGGACACUAGAAAGGUCCAAUAUCCUCGUCGCGAAGGAACAACGCCGGGAACUGGGGCAGCAACCCCGAAAAAGCAAGCCGUUAGUAGACCUCCUAGUCCAAGCAGUGUUAGCAAUGAGCCGGUCAAUGGUAAUGCUGUGCUACAAGCAGCACUGCAAAAGAAGAUGUCCAGGAAAAGAAAAGCGACUUUUCUGGAAAAUGAGGAUUCUCAAGAUGCUGCUCCGCCGCAAACACCGGGUCCCAGGCCCACUGGCUCCCUAGUGGCGCAUCAUCAUGACGAUGUGGUCACGAGGAUGAAAAAUGUAGAACUAAUUGAAUUAGGCCGUCAUAGAAUAAAACCAUGGUAUUUUAGCCCAUAUCCGCAAGAGAUGGUAAAUUUAACUUGUAUAUAUAUUUGUGAGUUUUGCCUAAAGUACAGAAAGAGUCGAAAGUGCUUGGAAAGGCAUUUAGUCAAGUGCAAUCUACGUCAUCCACCUGGAAAUGAAAUAUACAGGAAGGGAUCUAUAUCAUUUUUUGAAAUUGAUGGCCGCAAGAACAAAAGUUAUGCGCAAAAUCUUUGUUUACUGGCAAAGCUAUUCUUAGAUCAUAAAACCCUUUACUAUGAUACAGACCCUUUUUUGUUCUAUGUAAUGACGGACUUCGAUAGCAGAGGGUUUCAUAUAGUCGGUUAUUUUUCGAAGGAAAAAGAAUCGACGGAGGAUCACAAUGUAGCAUGUAUUCUUACACUGCCACCAUACCAGAGAAGAGGUUACGGCAAGCUCCUGAUAGAAUUUUCAUACGAGCUGUCGAAAUUCGAAGGAAAGACCGGCUCACCGGAAAAACCGUUAUCCGAUUUAGGUUUACUUUCGUAUCGAAGUUACUGGGCUCAUACGAUACUCGAUAUUUUGCUGACCGUAAAACCUGUGGUAGAGAACGAAAAACCGCAGAUAACGAUAAGCGAGAUCUCCGAGCUGACGUCGAUCAAAAAAGAGGACGUGAUUUCGACUCUACAAAAUCUGAAUCUCAUUAACUACUACAAGGGACAAUAUAUAGUAACAUUAAAUAGGGAAAUCAUUGAACAACAUACAAUUGCAAUGGAUAAAAGACAGAUUAGAAUAGAUCCCAAGUGUUUGCAUUGGACACCAAAAGACUGGAGUGUUAGGGCCAAAUGGUGAACUUAAUUCGAAUUGACAAUAAAAUGAUGCUGAUCUGUCUUGAAAUUAUUUUUCGGGCAUUUUAAAUGCGAGUACGAUUAACAGGUGUACAAAAGUUGUACAUAUAUAUAUGUUAAUUUACGACCUAGAUGGUUUAACGUUUUAAUAAGACUGUAUCUGGCGUUAUGUACGCUUAUUGCAAUGCUUUAGGAACUUGUCGACACACGCAGAGAUCUCAGUUAUAGAACUAAGAUCGUAAUACGCGAGUGCUCGUGGAUUUUACCUGAUAGAAUAUUUGCUGUAACAAAUAAUAUACCUUAAAAAUGCGAUGUUUUAAUAUGACGAUUAGACUUUUUUUAAAAAUUCACAAACGGCUGUCGUACAGUGGUCAAAUUUGUACAAAUAAUCUAUCGCUCUUGUAGAAUUGUAAAUAAAUGUGAUUUUAUAAUAUACUUACAACUUCCUCACGCUCAAAUACAUUUAAAUUUUAUAGCAAACUAUUUGUAUAAAUCUAAUCAAUAGAUUGUUAUUUGCUUCCAAUAGAUUUGUAAUUCGAUUUUUAGAAUACAGAGAUGAAUGAAAAUGUGCAUCAUAUCUAUCGUAUAUGUAAAUAUGUACACAUUUUGUUCAUGUUGUAAUUUAUUUUUUUGACAAAAAUGACUUAGAGAAUUACGAGUUUUACAAAUUAUAUAAGCACAUUAAUGUAUUUGUGAAUAUCCAAUUCACAAUUUGAAGAAAUAUUUCUGUUAAAAUUCUUAAAAUGAAUAUUUUUGGACAGGGACAAACUAAAUUGGCACAAUAUAGAAAUUAAUGUUACGCAAAAGUAAAAUCCGAAAUCGUAGAAAUUAAAUAUAAAUAAUUCUCAAUUUUGUAAACUAUUAAAUGCUGUCCGGUUAAUUUUUUUAUUAAUGAGUUUAUUAUAAUUAAAAAGUGAAAUUUUUACAUGUUUUACAAAUAAUAUUAUAAGUUUUGUAGAUCAAGAAUGCUCUCCAUGUAGGUCGAUAUUGAUUUUUGUUGUGUGUGCAACAGAAAACCAUUAUAGUUACCAAUAUAAAAUUAAUUUCAGCUCAAUUUUUUCUUUUAAUGUCAAGCAAAACAUUUCACAUUUAAUACUUUAUAGUUUUUAUAUAUUAUUAUCGUAUAUUUUUUUUUUAAUAAAAUUUUUAAAUAAAAUUCUGAAUGUGUUGGAUUCAUGAAAUCUUGCAUGUAAAAACAAUGCAUAUUUAAAUUAUAUGUUGGUAUAAACUUUUAUUUUUCAUUAAUAAAGUUAAAACAAAAUUUACCCGAUUCUCUUUAAUACUUAAUCUAGAAAAAAUUUUAACGAAUUUAUACAUACAUUGUAUUAUUACACUGUAUUAUACACUGUAUUAUAUUAUACACUGUAUUACAUUGUAUUAUACAUUGUAUUAUUUAUACAUUGUAAUUUUAUAAUUACAAUCAUAAAUUUGAAUUUUUUUUACAAUAAUUUUUUACAUAUUAAUGCGUUUAUUGAUGGAAUUCUCAUUGGGGUUAAAGUAGUGAAGUUUCCAUAGUAGACUUUGGAAAGAGGUUUUUAUUGAAGCCUUUUUACAUAAGCCUCUUAGAUAAGCGAUGCAUAUGGUAUUAAUAGCCAUGUAUAGAGAGAGAAAAUGAAUACGGUACCGCCAAAACGCGGACUCUGGGAUAUUUAAGAAAAAUUUUUUUCUCCGUGAAAAAAAUGUAUACUUUUUUCUCUCUUACUUCCAGACUCUAAAUAAAUAACUUAAAAAUUUCAAUUAUUCUUUCAAGAAUAGAAAUAAGAUCAACAAAUCAUAAGCUUUGUAUUUUUUCACGAUUAUAUAAGCAUCCAUACGUAUGCAAUUCUAUUAAGAAAAUUUUUUAUGAUUUACGCAAACUGCAAUAGCAUAUAAUAUAAAAUAAAAGGAAGAAAAAUUCUAAUUUUACAAACACCUACAUUCCAUUGUAUACUAGACGAGGUUUACACGAACACAUAUAUAGAGAAGAUCUAGCACAAUACAUUUUUAUUGCCUAUAUUACAUAAUAGUUCAGUCACGUUGUCAUCUUUAAAAAAUAGUUUGCUUGUACGAAUAUAAAUUACAAUUUCACUUUCACAGAUUCGCGACAGACUUUAUUUCGGUGAGCGAGGAGAUAAAAGAAAACAAUCUUUAGACACGACUUUAAAUACAGCAUCUUUAUGUAUAUAUAUAUAUAUAUAUAUAUAUAUAUAUAUAUAUAUGCAUAUAUAUAUAUUUUUUUUUUAUAUUCAACAGUAACAUCACAGUAGCUUCAUAUACCAUAAAUCUUUGUUCAUAAUUUUAUCUGUAUUUUUUGUAUUCGUUACCACGUAAGCGCGACACGGCGAGUUCUUAAGAUUCAUCACAACGACAAGCGGAAGGAAGAAACUCGUGUGCACGCACUUUUCACAAUUGUCAGGUCACAGUUAUCUCAUACCGAUAUGAUCGCAUGAAACUAGAAACACUCUUUGAUAUUUACGUAAAUUGAUAUUCGGUAACCCUGUCCGUUACACGGACUAUAUUAGUAAUUUUAAUUCACUUAUACAACAAUGUGAGUAUGAUAUAUGUAUAAUAUAUCGGGAUAAAAAAUUAUCAAGUGAGUAAUACAAUGCUUCAUUGCGAAGCAAGCUGAAAUCUAUAAACGAUAAAUCAUUAAUACAGUAGAAUUAAACAUCCAAAUAAAAUAAUAUUUGGACUGGCAAACUGAUAUCAAUCGCUCGAUGUUUUUAUAUCGAGAGAAAUGUGGUUACAGGAAUCGAGAACCACGACUUUUACUUUUAUGUUUGCCACACUGCGUGAAAAGAAUUCGAAUACGACUGCGUUAUAAAAAAGAUUUUCUUCAAUUUAAGAGUAUUAGAAGUAAUAUUUUAUAUUCUAAAAGUACCAUCGUUAAAUAUUUUACAAAAAGAUCCGAGCACGCGCUUUAUAUGAAAUUCAUAUUACAUAAAAGUAAAACUUUAUAAUCGUAAUUCACGCACUGGAAUGAACUGGUGAAUUCAAGAAGGGUACAGUUGGGUACAGUGCUGCGAAGUAAAAAAAGUGAUCGUGGUAUCUCGCCGCUGUGUUUCUGCGUGCAAUUGAACGGACAAUACGUUUUCCCCUUAACAAUAACGACAACAACAACAACAACGAGACGAUGAAAAUCCAAUGGCAGCAGUACAAUGUCGAGAAGAACAGCGAGUAUUUAACAAGAUAAGAAUGACACGUACAUACACUGCAUCACAAUAACGGCAUAGACUAUCGCACAAUUAACCAGACGCAUACCAAAGAAUUAGAGAAGCGCUUAAGAUUACGCACAACCCUCGUAUAUCGCACAAAACGCAGAGAUUAUCCUUAGCAAGGCGCACAUUGAGUCAUAGAAUUUUACACAUUACUCUUAAUUCCGCGGAAUGCCAAAAUUUAUAAUCAAUUAACAUAUAUUUAACAGUCUCUUGUAAUACGUAUGCAAACAAAUCAGCAACUUACGGUUGUUUGAUAAAGACUACAAUAGUAUUUUGAUUUGCGUAUGAUUAUAGUAUAUUAAUAUAGAUAGUAUAUUAAUCGCUAAAAUAUAUUUCUUGUCUAAAAUUUAUAUAUAUGUAUGUAUGUAUGUACAACAAAAACAGUCGUGCAAGAAAGAUUAAAAAAUAGAUAAAUCUUUGGUUUUAAUCCUUUACAUUAUUAUAUUUGCUAGCAAGUUAUUUUGAUGAAAUAAUCCUUAUACCCUUAUACACCAAAAAGAUGAGGAGGCAUAACGCGAUCUUUCUCUGUCUUUCGAAAAUACGCCUCAAUGUGCGCCUGAUAUUACGCUUGCUUACUCUACUUACUCGCCAAAGUCCGCUCACGUGGCUUAUUAUAUUUCGUUACACAGUUUUGACUCGUCACAUCAUACUUUUUUGUCUCCCUUUCAUUCUCUCUCUAUUUUUUGUCAUUAUAUGUGCACAUGUGUGCGUAUGUAUAUUUGCAUCUUAAUAUAUAUGUAUACUUAUAUAUCUCUUUUUUCUCAUUUACCUCCUCUUCUCUCUUCCUCUGCGAAACAAUUUUUUUUUUUACAUAUUUGCGUGAAUGUACAGUUGAACAAUAGGCGGCAAUGGCUGGACAGAAUGGCGUUCGAUGACGUUUUUUCAAAUUUUCUUGUUUUGGGGAAGGGGGAGAGGAGUAUUCUCGAGAGGACAUUGUCGCGCCUCGGCGCAUUACAUAAUCCCCCUCUGUUCGCUCCUAUCUUGACAACGAGCAACGCCUGGACUGUCGUCGAGCACAGUAAAAAAAGUUUCGUUUUUUUGUACAUUAGUAUACUCGUGCCAGCGCGAGAGGAGGAAGAGAUACACAACAGGCGUAAGUUUGUACUGAUUCAUGAUUUUUUUUUUUCUUUUAGUAAACUCGAGCGCAGGUUCAAAUCUUUUCACGUUUCAAGGAAGAACUGAUGUCGAUAUAAUUUCAGUCAGUUCGAUUUCUGCUACAGAUAAAAUUUAAUGACACCACGAAAACAUUUUGUCUACGAUGUGUCUACGAAGUCUAAAUAUAAGCUCGUCAAAACUUUUUCGGAUACGAUGUUUUAGAUGAACAUAACGAAUAUUCGAUGCAUUUAUAUCUGUCACCUUGGUGAAAAUUCUUUUCCAAGUUUUUGUACGGAUUGUAACACCGGAAAUACUAAGAAACUGUACUCUUAUAUUUUUUAUGUACGUGAAUUCUGAAAUAUGAAUUUUAGAAUACUUCAGAAUUUACAUAUAUAAAAAAGAAAUCGAUUUUCUCAGUAUUUUAGAAAAGUGUUCCAAUUCGUAAAAAUUCCGAGAAAAAUUUUCAGAGCAGUUAAAUGUUCACAGAACUCGAAGAAUUGCCAUCGAAUUACGAUCAAGUAUUAAAUCAUUUAAAACUCGAGAUUACAGUGCAUAUAUUAAAAAUACUUAACGAUCCUUAAAUACAAUGCUAAUUUUGAUUUUAUAAAUAAUCAUAUUUGAAUAAACCUCGAAUCAUAUAAAUCACCGUGCAUUACGUAAUCGUAGUUAUAUUGUGAUGAUGAUAGCGCGCUUCAUUUUGUGAAAAAUUCUAACAGCGAUUCCAAGUAAAUCUGCGCCGAGUUGUACUGCAAUAAAUACAUAUAACGAUGAAUAAUGAGCUUAUGACGCGUCUCUACGUAAAUUGGGAGACGAUACAAUGAACAAUAGAAUACGCUUCGAUCACACACUAAACUACGCUUACAUACUGACGAAGUAGAAUUUCGAAUUUCGCCCGCUUCGCGAGCUAUUUUUUAUAAUCGUCUGUGAAAAAAUCUACGAUUAUUAAUACUUAAUUAUUUAAUAUUUAAGGAAAUUGAACUAAAUUGCGAAAGUAAUUAUGUUCGUAUACUUAUACCUUUUUUCUUUGUCAAGUAAAAUUACAUUUACAAAGGACGCUUUUUUGAUUAAAAAUAAAAA